ACUUAUCCUCCAUAGACUCACUAAUUUCAAACUUGUAAUUUUUAAUUAUUUCCAAAUACACUUUUAUUUAUUUGAAUGGGUUUCUUUGAGAAGUUAGAGGCCAGAAUCAGAUCAAAAUCUACGAUUCUUUGCCUAGGCUUGGACCCUAGAGCCGAGCAAGUGGAUAAAUUUUCAAAAACCGAGGAAUUUGAAAGAUUAUUCCAACUUAAUAUAGAGGGAAAUGUAAAUUUAUAUAAAACUGAUAAGGACUCUACUUAUGUUAAGCUUAAACUGUACUGCUUACACAUUUUCAGCAACACACUAGAGCAUGUUUGCUGUGUAAAGCCUAAUUUAGCCUUUUUCUUACCCAGAUUAGCUGAUGGAGUUCAGGUUUUGGUAGAGUUGUGUAAAUAUUUACGAGAAUUAAAUAUCCCCGUAUUGCUAGACUGUAAACUGGGUGACAUUGGCACGACCACCGAAUACUACAAGAAAUUUGUGUUUGACGAACUUAAAGCAGAUUCUUGCACUUUAAACACAUUUCUUGGCUCUGACGUACUCAAAUCUUUCUGUUCUGACUCUUCUGGCAAUUUUGUAAAUGACCUUUUCAUCCUCGCUAAAUGCUCCAACGAGUCGUCUAAAGAGUUCCAAUCUGCUCUUUUAAAGGACGGCACUCCUCUAUAUUUACGUGUUAUUCAUCAAUCUGAAAAAUUCUUAGAGAAUAAUAAUUGUAAUUGCAAGUUUGGCUAUGUUGUCGGCUCAAAUUGUGUUGAAGAGAUUAAGAGGAUUAGGGAAAACUAUGAAUGUUAUCUCUUGGUGCCAGGUGUAGGAUCGCAGGGCGGAGACCUAGAACAAACACUAAAAUACGGGUUAAACAAGAAUAAGGGAGGCUUAAUUGUACCAAUAUCUAGAGCAAUUACUGAUACUGAUGACCCUAAUGAAAGUGCUGUAUAUUACAAGAAUUUAAUCAACAAGUAUAUUAAGUAGCGAUUACUGUGAAUCUUCUGACAGUUCA